AUGAUAUUUUCACUGCGCAAACGAUCCAACGUCGGGAUCGUGGGAAGGUGCAGGUGGCUGGUGCUGGGAUGCUUGGUUGUGGGAAUGAUGGUGGAAGGUGUUUGGGGAAGCAUCACGUUGGAGAGUGUGAGGGGGAUUACGGGGAUUACGAGGGAGGGGAGGGAGAGGGUGGGGUGGGGUGAGGGGGGUGGUGGUAUUGGGAAUGGGAAUGGAAAGGGGGUGGAGAUGAGGUUGGGGACGAGGAUGGGGGUUGAUGGGAAGAGGAGAGAUGGGGAGGGAGAGGGGAAGGGAGGACAGGUGAUUAUGGGGACUGGGAAUGCGGGUGGAGAUCGAGAUGAGAUUGAGAAUACAAGACAACGCGAUAGGGUGAUCAAAGAAGACACACAACUAAUGAUAGCUAACCUUUUGUUUCCGCAGACGGUAACGGCAGCUCUGCAUAUGCUCUGUUCGGAUCUGUUGGUUGAGUUGGAGAAACCGCUUUUGGGUUCUUCUUCUUCCCCCUUUUCCUCUCAAUCUUUAUCUUUCGAAGAUACAAAGAUAAAGGUGAAAACAGAAUUUGAUGAUUUGCUAAGGGAAACAACGUGGUUUCUAUAUCAGGUACAGGAACGUCAGAUGGUGUGGAGGUGGGCGAGGGGGAGCGCGGUGCAGGAGGGGGUGGUAUGGUUGCAGAGGUUGUGGGCUAGCAGGAGGAGUAAUUCACAAGAUAGAAGUUUUAUUGAACAGCAAUUGGUGUUGUAUAAGGGUACGGAAUGUUUUGAGAAGGUGAAUGAUGAGGUUUUGAGGAAGGAUAUUGAGGUGGUGGAGUAUCUGAAUGAUUUAAUUGAGAUGUUUCCUUGAUGGAGGAGGGGAUUGGGGGUGAAGGUGGAGGUGGAGGAAAGGGAGGAGAUGAAUGAGGGCGGGGUGAUGGAGUAUGGAGGGAUGGGAUAGAAUGGUGCGGGAGUAGGUUUAUUGAAAAGUGAUGCAAGAUUGUUUAAUGGGGAAUGAGUCAGGAAGUGGAUAAGGAGUCAAUGGAAGAGGUGUUUAACAAUGACGAGAAUUGAGCAACGCAACGAGCAUGGAAGAUGCAUCAUAUCGGAUUGUGAAUAGACUGAAGUGUGUUAGAUUGGUAGGAGUAGUAAGAUUACAUAUAUCAUUCAGCAAUGGGCAGGAGUACAAUAGAGGAUCAGUAUUUGGGACUGACUGACACUUUCUUAUACUUUGUCU